UGGUUUUUAUUAGAAAUUAAUAAAAUUGUUCUUUUAAUAAAAAAAAAAAUUGCUGAAAUUAUUGUAUUUCGGAAUGUGAUAUGAUGUGAAAUGCAUUCAAUAAUAAAAACACGCAAUACAUGAUCGAAACAUUUUUUAAGUGUAAUAUUAUUUUCUCUGUCCGCCAUUUCUACUAUUAUUCCUCAUGGAUUUUACAGCAGUCUCCUCGGAACAGAACGGUUGGGCGGUGGAGUACAUUAGUUGCUACGACAACGCCAAAUAACAGUUAUUCCAAUUUCACUAGUUCAACCGUCCAACAUGUCUAAUAAAUUAGAUUCGGUUACUUCGGAUUUGUUCAAUGAUCAAGUCACUUUGGGUCUGUUGAACGCGCUCGAAAACACGGCGGGAGUGUGCGACCUGACGGUGAAGCGGAGUUUGCCGUGUGACAAGACCAAAAUCGGCCUGUGGGAACAGCGGAACGCGUGUAUGCUGCCGGACGACGUCAGAUCGUUUUACGCGUCGUGCGACGGAUUCAAACUGACGUGGUCGUACAAAAUCGAAGGUGUGACGACGGCCGAUAGGGCGAGCGGCAGCGAGGCGCGGCCGGCUCUGGCCAUCGGUAAUAUCACGGUGAACCCACUGGCCGAGCUGGUACGGCUGUGCGACGUCAAAUCGGAUUCAGUCAACAUGAACGUGAUGCGUGACCUGCAGAUGCUGGACCGGCUGUCCGACGACGGAACGCCCAGCUUCGCGGAGAACUCGAAAAUAUUCGAACUGGACUCCAGCCUGGACGUGGGCCACGUGUGCCUGGUGUACGUGGACGAAAACCGCGGAGAGGCCGCGGAUCCGUCGCCGUCGUCGUCGUCGGCCGUUCGCGACCGAUCAUUGGACUCGUAUCUGCACGAGGAGCCGAGCUGCGCGUCCAUCUGGCUGCUGGACACCACGUAUCGCUGGCACUUGUUGGCGCCGAACUUCAGCAACUACUUCCGGAAGGCGCUAGUGCACAUGGGCCUGCCGCACUGGCAGCUCAGAUUCACCGAUAUGGGACUGACGUCUACCGGAGAGUUUUUUAUGAAUCUGGUGGCCCCACACCUGAACGUGACCGAAAAAGUUCCAGCUAUAGGCCAAUUAGACGAUGACGAGUCGCUUUCCGCGGACACCGUGCAACUGAACCACUUCGAUCCUAGCAUUUUAAAAACUACAUUCAAAGUUUCUAAAAGCAAAAAAAAUGGCAAUCCGAAAGUGUCUAGCUGAAUUGAAUAGCAAUCAUCAUCAUUUUAAAGUAAUUCUCAUCAUGAAUUUACAAUGUACUACGUGUAAUUAUUAUAGAAUUAUGAUGUAUUUCGAAUUCCUGGCUGAAAAUUAACGUUAUUAAUUAGUUAUUAACGUUUGAUUUUACUAUAAUUUAUCGAUUUAAUUCCAUGAAAACUAAAUUAUCCCUAUACAUAUUAUUUACAAUAAAUAAUUUUGUUUGGAAAUUAUCAAUGCAUGUUAAGUACUCCAAUUAGAAUCCUUUACAUUCUAUUUAUAUCUACCUAAUCUUAAAAUCCUAGAAUGGUAAAUGUUAAUUUAUAGUUCACUGUAGGUAACGAUGCGUAAAAUGUACGGGCAUUUGUUUUUUAUCAUGGUAUGACAAUGUGCUCGUAUUUAUAAAAAAUAUUUAACUAAUUGUGUAAACCUUUUUUAUUACUUAUUGUGCAGCACUGAAGAUCACAUAGACAUCUAAAACCUUAUUUUUAACC